UGUCGACAACCUUAUUAUUGGAGGAGGCGUAAUUGGACUCGCUUUUCUCCGCACGAAUGAAAUCCUUGCCGAAUUCACUGCCGACGAGCGGGCGUUGCUGGAUCAGAUCUUUAACGGUGGAAAUGAAGGAUCAGAGGCAAGAUGCAAGGGGAAAAGAUAUUGUGUCGGGUGGGAUUGUAAAG